CUCAGCCCGAUUUGUGGGGCAUGAAUAUGCGGCAAUUCCGGCUGGCCGAGCCUGUCCAGAUAAAACCCAGAAGGGACAGUUUGUGGCCUGCCGCGCGCUGUGCUCAGGCAGCGUUUCAGGCAGCCCCAAAGGGGUCCUCCUGGGGCCUUUCUGCCUUUGAACCACGGUGGCGGGCGGGCACACUGCCUUCGGCACGCCUGGGACCAGGCCCCGCCAUUCCCAUGGCCCCCACUACAAGUGGCCCCGGAGCCGGCGGGUCGCGGGACAUCCUGUGGCACGUUUUGGGUUGGAGGAUAGUUGCAAGUAUUGUUUGGUCUGUGGUGCUUCUACCUAUAUGUACAACAGUAUUUAUAGUCUUCAGCAGCAUUGAUUUAUUUCAUCCUGUACAGUGGCUGUCCGAUUCUUUCAAUGACCUAUACAGUUCCUAUGUAAUCAUUUACCUUCUGAUGCUGUCAGUGGUAAUAAUAAUAAUAAGUGUUUUCAAUGUCGAGUUUUAUGCAGUGGUGCCCUCCAUCCCCUGCUCCAGGCUGGCGCUGAUAGGGAAGAUCUUGCACCCGCAGCAGCUCCUGCACUCGUUCAUUCAUGCUGCCAUGGGGAUGAUGAUGGCCUGGUGUGCAGCGGUGAUGACCAAGGGCCAAUACAGUUUCCUGGUGGUGCCUUGCACAAAUUCAGACAGCUUAGAUAGGCCUGCUGCACAGACCUGCUUAAACGAAUAUCAUCUUUUUUUCCUACUGGCUGGAGCGUUCGUGGGCUAUAGCUAUAGUCUUCUGUAUUUUGUUAACAACAUGAACUACCUGCAGUUUCCCAUCAUACAGCAAUACAAGUUUUUGCGCUUUAGGAGAUCUUUGCUCUUAAUAGUUAAACAUAGUUGCAUGGAAUCACUGUUCCUGGUUAGAAAUUUCUGCAUCGUGUAUUAUUUUCUUGGUUAUAUUCCCAAAGCUUGGAUUAGCACUGCUAUGGACCUUCACACAGAUGAGCAGUUUCAUAGACCCCUAGACACAAUAAGUGGCCUCUUGAAUCUUUCAUUACUCUACCAUGUGUGGCUCUGUGGUGUCUUCCUCCUGAUGACUUGGUACAUCUCAUGGAUACUCUUCAAAAUCUAUUCCACAGAGGCACAUGUGUUUCCAGUUCAGCCACCAUUUGCAGAAGAGUCAGAUGAAUGCCUCCCGAAAGUUUUAAACAGUAAUCCUCCCCUCAUCAUAAAGUAUUUAGCCUUGCAAGACCUGAUGUUGCUUUCUCAGUAUUCCUCUUCUCGAAGACAAGAAGUUUUUAGCCUUAGCCAACCAGGUGGUCACCCUCACAAUUGGACAGCUAUUUCAAGGGAGUGUUUGAGUCUUUUAAAUGAUAUGACUCAGAGACUAGUUCUGUACCAAGAAACUGCUGCUGCGAAUGGGAGAAUGUCUUCCUCAUACUCCAUGGAACCUAAGAAAUUGGAUUCUCCAGCAAAAACGCCCGAUGCUGCCAGUCCUUUUGGAACCCCUUUUGGCUCCAGUGUGGUGAAGCGAGUGACUGGGAUUUUUGAUGGAAACACCUGCUAUGGAUUGCCACAGAGUCCUCAGCUGAUGAGAAGAGGGCCAAGACUGUGGACUUCUGUUUCUGGUCAGCAAAUGUCAGAAUUUUCUAAUUCUUCUCCAUACAUCUCUUUUAAUAAUGCUGAGGGUAAGACAGUGAGGCAGCCCAGUGUGAUUUAUUCAUGGAUUCAAAAUAAACGUGAACAGAUUAAGAAUUUCUUGUCAAAACGGGUGCUGAUAAUGUAUUUUUUCAGUAAGCACCCAGAAACCUCCAUUCAGGCAGUUUUUUCAGAUGCCCAAAUGCAUAUUUGGGCAUUAGAAGGUCUCUCUCAUUUAGUAGCAGCAUCAUUUACAGAAGAUAAUUUUGGUGUUGUCCAGACUACAUUACCAGCUAUCCUUAACACUUUGUUGACACUGCAAGAAGCAGUUGACAAGUUCUUCAAGCUUCCUCAUGCUUCCAGCAAACCACCUCGAAUAUCAGGAAGCCUUGUGGACACUUCUUAUAAGACAUUAAGGUUUGCAUUCAGAGCAUCACUGAAAACUGCCAUCUAUCGAAUAACUACUACAUUUGGCAAACACCUGAAUGCUGUGCAAGCAUCUGCAGAACAUCAGAAAAGACUUCAACAGUUCUUGGAGUUCAAAGAAUAGUUCAGUAAUAUAAACUGUGUUCAUUACACUGCUGAUAUAACUACAGACGGUACAGUAAAUGUUCAGCAUUCUUGGAUCAGAAGAAAAUGGACUAAUUAGAUGCUUCCUUUGUCGUGGUGGUUGCUUUGAAAACUAUACUUUAAUGGGAGAAAUCAUGGAAAGAAAUUCUCAACAGAAUAACCAAAAACUGCCUUUUCUGUACCGAUCACUUUUUUUGUGUGUGUGGUAUAAUAAAAUCUUUAUUCAUUUUACAAGA